AUGUCCAUUGACGCCGCUCUGUCAGCCAGGCCAAAGCCCCUCUCCUACAUGGAGAAGCUGUCUGAUGAGGUCUCUAUUUACCGCCCUGCUGGCGACGCAGCCGCUAGCUCGUCGGCGUCCCCGAAGCUCAUCAUCAUCGCUAGCUGGACCAAUGCGGGCGACAACCACAUUGCCAAAUAUGUCGACAAGCAUAAGGAUUUGUUCCCAGCUUCGCAGAUUCUACUGGUGAAGAGCUACAACAAGACGUUCUUUGAUCCGGAAAUUCUUGCAUUUUCUGUAAAGCCGAUGGUUCCGGUUAUAAGGGCCGCGGUUCCUCAAACUGCAUCGCUGUCUUCUCAGCCGCAGGUUUUGAUCCACAUCUUUUCCAACGGAGGCUCGGCGAACAUCUCAGCCUUAUACGAUGAGUAUGCUGGGUCCGCAGGGGAAGGCGAAGAUCCCUACCUCCCGCACCAUGUAACCAUUUUCGACUCAGCACCAGGUGCUCAGCGGGUCGUCAACAUGGCUGCUUUCUUCCAAGUCGGUCUGCCAAAGGUGCAGCGCAUACUUAUCACACCUUUCAUCUACUUGAUGGUUGUGAGCUGGCAGUUUCUCAAGAUCCUCGGCAUCACCAAGGAUUGGCUGGUCUUCUGGGGCAAGACACAUAAUGAGGCGAGGGGCAAGAAAGAGCGUGAGCUUCGCCGUACCUACAUCUACAGUGAGACAGAUGCUCUAGUCGGCCAUGAAGACCUAGAGGCCCAGGCUGCCGAAGCAAAGAGUUUGGGUUUUAAUGUUAGAAUGGAGAAAUUUGAUAGAUCUUUACAUGUCGCGCACGCUAGGAAGGAUGAAGCGAGGUACUGGGGUGCAGUGCAAGAGACUUGGGCAGGUAUUUGA